CGCGAUAGAGGGCGCCCUAAUACAAACAACUGCACAUGCACGUGCACCGUACCACUACCACAGUACCAGUAUUCCAGUAUAUUAAUAAUAAUAGGGAGUUUGGAAAAAUGGACACUUGUGAUCUACACUUACUCGGAAACAGCGACGAAAAUGCACUGAAACUAUCCCUGCAGUGUGCUGCCAGGCUGGGGUAUGGAGUUGUUGCAAUUGGCUACAACUGCCCAGUUCAAGAGAAACAAGGCGGCGACAAAAACAAGGUGAAACUCCCAAAUGCACCUGCUGCUGUUAAGCUAGAUGGUCAGACCAAAGCGGCUGUGGGGGUACAAUCAAAAGGUUUCAAACAGUUGUCACGGGUGAAUAUGGUGUUAUCAGAAGGCUCAGAAACACACAAAUUGAGGCAGGACAAUAUACAGUCCUAUGACCUGCUAGCCGUGCAGCCGACCACAGAGAAGAUGUUCCACAUGGCUUGCACCAAGCUGGAGAUUGACAUCGUCUGCGUGGACAUGACCGAGAAACUUCCAUUUUACUUCAAGAGAGUGGCGAUAAACGCUGCAAUAGAGAGGGGCUUGUACUUUGAGAUCCCGUACGCACCGGCCAUCCGCGAUUCGACGAUGCGGAAAAACGUCCUCAGCAACGCCAUGGCGUUGAUCACUCUGUGUCGAGGCAAGAACGUCAUCAUCACCAGUCAAGCUACGAAGCCGCUGGAGAUCAGAGGGCCCCAUGAUGUUGCCAACCUAGGCCUGCUGUUUGGGUUAUCGGAACAAGAGGCCAAGAACGCCGUGUCUACAAAUUGUAGAGCCGUACUGUACCAUGCAGCCACGAGACGGAACACCAUCAAGUCCGUGAUGUCGCUCCAGCAGAUCGGAGACCUCUCGGGCAAAGACCGGUGGAAAGUAAAAGCAGGCCAGGAGGCGUGUGGUAUGAGUAUCCAGGAGGGGGGUGAUCCCACAGAGGACGAGGGGUCAGGGGUCGUGGCCCAAUCCCUUGAGGGGUCGGAGGGCAGGGCCAAAACCAGCAAGAGAAGGAAAUCAAAGUCCAAGCGUAACAGCGUGGACGAACAGUCGGCAAUGAAGAGAACGCGACAAGACUCGGCAGGUGUGGACUAAGGAAAGACUCUUAAGCUUCCGACUGUCGGAACGAUUUUGGAUGUCAGCUGAUAGACUCCGUGCGUAAAGAGUAGAGGGCGCUUUUGUGACCACCUAUGACAGCCCCAAUGGGAGGGACACUGUGUGCGCACUGGUUGGCUCACGUACGGCAAGAUGUACGCGUUAGGCGCCAUCGGCAGUACUUUUUGAAUGGUUCCUCCCAGCGGUCUCCUCCAACUCUCCCUUUGUAAACUAUUGAGGGGGUUCUUGUGCUCCGAGUCCUUUGAUCACAGCUUACAAAGCUUUUAAGGUAGCAGACCAGUAAAUAAACUUGCAUAGACCCCAAUGGUAAAUGCUCCCACUUCAAAAAUUCGGGAAAAUACUCACAACUCUC